AUGCGGGACACGCCACUGCGGUCUAUCUGCCCGCUCUAUGAGCUCCACCUCGCGGAUCGCUAUGAACGGAUAGGCUAUGAGACAGAGUACUUUUUUUUUCGGCAGAAUUGGAGGCUGAGAGAUAAACCAGACCCGAGAGAUCUUGAUCCUCUUCGUUAUGCGAUGCUCGCUUCUAUCAUGGAAGAACUACAUGAGGCAGUGACUUGGAGAUUAAGCCUCAGUCUACGGCAAAACCAUCAGCAUGUCUAUCGUGAGGAUGACGGGGACCCGUGGCCACCUUUCGCCCGGGAAGAACUACCAGCCUGGACAAAAAAUGCGAUGCCCAUGGAUCAAGAUCUAUUAAGACUCUCGUCACUGGAUGCCGAGGGGAAUCUGGUCCUUGAGAAGAAUUGCAAAGGUCUUAAUUUUGCUCGGCGCAAUAUCAUCACCAACACAAGUUAA